AUGAAUACGACGAUGGCACCUUUGGACCCGCUUUCGCAGGUCUCCUUGGGAAGUUUAAGACGGCGGCGUGGUAUCGCUCAAGAUAUCCCAUCGAGGAGGAGGGCCCCUGAGGGUGGUAACAAUGGACCGAAAGGCCUAAACCCCAACUCGGGGGGCGGUGGCGGUGGCGGCAAUGGCAAUGGGGAUGGAAAUGGGGAUGGCAAUGGGGAUGGCAAUGGGGAUGGCAAUGGGGAUGGAAAUGGAAAUGGGAAGGGGAAGGGGCCCGGGGGAGGAAACGCGAUUGGGAACGCGAUUGGGAAAGGGCUUGGGAAGGGUCUUGGGAAAUUGAAAGGGAACGGUAAAGGCAAAGGAAAUGGUAUUGGCAAUAAUCAAGACGACAGCAGCACUGAUAACGGAGCUGCUCUGUCCACCUCAGCAUCCUCCGAUCCCCAACCAGCUGCUACGGCAGUUACCACCACCACUCCGAUAGCUGCGGCAGCGACCACCACCACUCCACCAGCCAAUAUUGUUACCUCGACCACCCCUGAAGCGCUGCCCAGUGUUGUACCUGCAGUACCAGACUUGAUUUCUACAAUGUUUCCAACAACCCUCGGACCAGCCCCCGCAUCCACUCAAACCUCAGCAGCGGCCACAUCACCCCGAAAGGCCUUAAAUCCCGAGGAAGAUAUCACGUCCGUUUCUAACCCCGCGGAAACCAACAUACCUGUUGUCCCAACAACAACCAUAAUCAUUCCUCAAAGCGUCAUCGCAUCGACACCCAGCCCUACUGACAAUCCUAGAAAUGGAACAGACUCGAGACCCAGACCCAAUUUUGGCAACAGACCCGACAAACUCGACAAACCCGACAGACCUAGAGGCAAUAACAAUGGUCUAUCCCCCACAGCCGAAGGACUUUUAAUUGCCGCGGGGGCCAUAGGUGCUUUCGUCAUUGUCUUGGCUGGUGUUUAUUUAUUCUUGAGGAUGAAGAAUAUCGAUAUAUUCACACCCGUUAGGAAUCGACAGAUACGUAAGGGAGGGGGUCGUGGUCUAUACGGAUGGCGGAGGAACAGCCCAGAUUCCACUUUGGAGGCUCCCCCCCAGUACGACGACACUGCUAUGCUUCCUUCAGAGGAGAAGCAGUCCUCAGUUCAGACCCAAGUUGGUGGCGAAUUCGCACCGGCUCUGGCAGCCUCUGAAACAACAGACAAUAUGCCACGUGCAGAUCUCCAGCCUCAGAAAUUGACCAGAGAAGCCCUCCUAGAAAAUCCAGCACCUCUCGGAUCGUUCUCCGGAGGGGAUACUGUUACAGAACCUCAAGCUUCCUAUAACAACACUGGACGACUCAACACUCUUUUAUCACGAAAAGUUUCGAGUACGAACAAUAAUACCAUGGAUACCAAAAAUACAUUUAUUACACGGCAGACUUCAAAUCUUCGAAAUGCAUAUCAAGGGCGAGAUUUGAAUCGUAUGAGUUAUCUCUCAUCCCUUUCAUCUGGUUUCGGCGACGGCCUCGUAAUGAGCGAAGCCGGCGGCCCCAACGGUAAUCAAAGUACGACGUCCCAAAAUCAUCCUCGGAUGGCCCGAUUCUCGUGGAUGCAGCAAAAUCCAAGAGGAGACAGAGAUACUGUCUACACAACCACCACAACCACUUCUGACGAAUCCGCUCCCCGCUUUCGUAGCGUCAAUUCGUGGGUGGCUCAACAGGCUGGUCAUGUGGAGAGACGAGCACCGCUUAAUAGCAACCCCCCUAGCAUGCCCCCCAUACCGUCUACUCUUCAACCUGGACAGCCAGUUCAGCACCGAGAUACAAGUGAAGAUCCGGUGUUCAUGUUCCAUCCCGGGGAAGAAGUUCAGAUCUCCAGGGGCUCCAGGGUCCCAAGUGAGAUUUUGAAUAAAAAGACGGGAGUUGAUUGA